AUGGUACUGGGACAGUACUCUCAACCUCUUUUGCAUUCUCCCACCUCACUCUUUCACACAUCAUAUUUUUUCUGCAGUCCAUUUUGCCUGGGUCUCGGUUUCGAUACACACAUCAUCAUAUUUUUGUCACUCUUCGACGAACCACCUCCACGCUCAACGCCUGCGUACGCCAUGUCCGACUCUGACGACUUCGGCGGCCUUGGUGCAACAACACCGAAUAUCUCACGCAAGCUCCCACCGAGCAAUGCGGCUGCUACUGCUGGUCCAUCUCGCGCAGGCGGCGCGUCAAACCGCAAGAAGGCGCCCCCAAGCGUCAUUGCGAUCUCGAAUACAUCGGACGACGACGAAGUGGUGAAACCUAAGCGCCGAACGGGAAAACGGCAGCGUAAAGACGAAGAGGAAGCGCAGGAAGAGGAAGCGCCUGGUCAUGAGGACGAUAUAGCGGAAGUAGGUGGUGACGACGAGGAUGACGAGGUACGGGAGAUCGAACGGCCGACGACAAAGACAAGCAAAGGGGCGGCGACGAAGGCGCGUGGGGGUUCGAAGAAGCCGACUAUGGUGAACGGGAAAUCUAACGUGCAGACGGCUGCUGCUGCUACAACAGCGGCCAAAGGCAAAGGAAAGGCGAAGCCGACGACAAAGGCAGCUGCGAAGGCGUCUUCAUCGAGACAAAAGCAGGCAGAACCGGAGGAGAUAGAAGUGGACCCGAUCGAGGUGCUGGAUGACGACGAGAUGGACGUGGAGGAGCCGCCGGUAGGGCUAGCGCGUGCAAUCAACAACGCGGCGGGGUGGUCGAAGAAGAGCAAUGGGAAGGCUCCGGCGAAGCAGCGGGGCGACGCGGCGUUAGAAGAGCGCUUGCAACAGGCUCAUCGUCAUAUUGAAGAUCUCACGCGACAGUUGGAGGAGUUGAACCAAGUGCGGAGGACAGAAGCAGAACAGCUGCUAGAAAGGAUGGAGGUGCAGUACCAGGCCCAACUGCAAGCGAAAGAGAGCCUCAUUCAAGAACUCACAACGCAACUACAAAAAGAGCACCCCCUGUUACGGGCGGGCAAGGGAGCUUUUGAAAUACUAACACGAGAGGAAGCGAACAAAGAGAUGGAGGGCCUGCAGAAGCAGGUGAAAGCGUACAAGGAGGCCGUGCGGGAGCGAGACUACCGACUGCAGAGUAUGGAAGAGGAAAAGGAAACCCUCAAACAGGCCCAGAACGAUCUACGGGUAGAACUUCAACUUGAGGUUGAAAGGGCUAACGCGCUGGUAGCCAAGGCGCAACAACGGCCACCUCCGUCAGCUGCGAGACCGCGGGCUGGUGGCAUCCUCCCUUCCUCUGAGGAUCCCAAGAUUGUCGAAGUCAUCAGGUUCUAUGAGGACCUCACGAAUCUCCUCGUUCCAAAUAUGAAAUUGCAGCAAGGCAAACAUCUGGGCCUGGACGAAUGGGGUCUGAAUUGCUUGUACACCCAUCGAGACGUCUCGAAUAAAGACAUCCCAACGAAGAGUCUAAACUUCACGUUGCGGCUAUGCCAUGACAUUCGAUCUGGCGAAAGCGAACCCAUCACGAGCAAAGACCAAUUGGUGGAAUCCGUGCAUUACACCCCACACGAGCUUGAAAAAGAAACUGAGGAGUUCCGAGAGGCCUUGAAAUUCCUCAAGGAUACCUUCACAUUCGAGCGCGAUCAGCUUUCUCUCUUCUUACGGACAUUGCACGAUUAUAUGAGUGGCGAAGGUGGCGACGGUGAUGGUGACGAGGAAGACGACGACGUGCAAGUUAUAGGAUAA